GUUGCCGACUGGCGGCUCUCUUAUCACAGUAAGGUUCUCAUUCAUACACCCAGCCUUCUAAAGAUAACUUACUGUCAUCCAUGGUACCGACUUUGAAUAGACGGGACAAAUCAUUUCAAUUGGGGAAUAAUUCAACUGAAAGAAUAGACGACUGACAACAUAACGACAGUGUUGAAGACCUCUCGACCCUCUCGGUUCUAUGAACAUGUUUCAGACCGUGCCUGACACUUCGUCUUACGUCAAGGAGGCACUGUCAUUGGUGAGUGAAGACCAGUCCCUGUUCGAGCCUCCUUACGCUGCUUCUGCCCCUCUACCCAAGACAGACAUGACUGCAUCUGGCACACAGGACUACGUCCAGCCCCACAAAAUCCACCCAUUACCCCCUCAGCAAGAGUGGAUUAACCAGCCAGUCCGAGUCAAUGUCAAGAGAGAGUAUGACCACAUCAAUGGAUCCAGGGAGUCCCCAGUGGACUGCAGUGUGGGGGGUAAAUGCAAUAAGCUGGUGGUGGGCAACGACACAUCUCAGAUGAGUUACGGAAGCUACAUGGACGAGAAGAAUGCUCCGCCCCCCAACAUGACUACCAAUGAGAGGAGAGUGAUCGUCCCCGCAGAUCCAUCGUUGUGGUCUCAGGAUCAUGUCCGCCAGUGGCUGGAGUGGGCCAUCAAGGAGUACGGCCUGCUGGAGAUGGACACGGCCAUGCUCCAAAACACAGACGGCAAGGAACUGUGUAAGAUGAGCAAGGACGACUUCCUCCGACUCACCACCAUGUACAACGCUGAAGUCCUGCUCUCUCAUCUCAAUUAUCUCAGGGAAAGUAGCUCAUCAUUAUCCUACAACACUCCAUCUCACAUGGAUCAGUCUCCAAGCCUGGCUGCCAAAGAAGACCCAUCAUAUGAUGCUGUACGGCGGACUGGAUGGUCGAACAACAUGCACAAUGGAAAAGGCUCGCCGGUGGUCACACAGAACGUGUCCAAGUCCACUGAACAGCCCAGACCUCAGCCAGAUCCUUACCAGAUCCUGGGGCCCACCAGCAGUCGACUGGCCAACCCAGGUUCAGGACAGAUCCAGCUGUGGCAGUUCCUGCUGGAGCUCCUGUCAGACAGCGCCAAUGCCGGCUGCAUCACCUGGGAGGGCACCAACGGAGAGUUCAAGAUGACUGACCCUGACGAGGUGGCGAGGCGCUGGGGCGAGAGGAAGAGCAAGCCCAACAUGAACUACGACAAGCUGAGCCGCGCCCUGCGCUACUACUACGACAAGAACAUUAUGACCAAGGUGCACGGCAAGCGCUACGCCUACAAGUUUGACUUCCACGGCAUCGCCCAGGCCCUGCAGCCCCACCCCACCGAGUCCUCCAUGUACAAGUACCCCUCGGACCUUGCAUACGUGCCCUCCUACCAUGCCCACCAGCAGAAGGUCAACUUCGUGUCCCCACACCCUCCCUCUAUGCCCGUCACCUCUUCUAACUUCUAUGGCCCAACCGCUCCAUACUGGAGCUCCCCAGGGGGCAUCUACCCCAACCACAGCGUCCCCCGCCACCCCAACUCCCACAUGCCCUCUCACCUGGGCAGUUACUACUAAACCCCACUGCACCGUGAUAUCUUCCCCCAACCUCCCCUCCUCUCCCCAAAACCAACCACACCAGGGCUGACCUGCACUCUCGCAAUGAAAUUAAACUAAGACCGAGAGAAAGGGGGAUUCUCCGCCUCCACCCAAAGUCUGCUCUUGACUGGCAAAAUGAAGGACGCUAACUGAAGUAUAAAAAAGAACUGGAUGCUGUGAUCCAAAUGGAAUACUACUUAUUUACAAGACAAUACUGUUUCCAUGUUUGUUUUCUUUUGUUGAUGUGCGUAACAGUGCGUCUGUGUUUUUUCUGCCUUUCUGUCCCCUGAAAGCUGCACCCAUGGGCCAGUUCAGAGUGCCCCCAAAAUCUGGACACGGUUACCCACACAGACGCAGCCUUAUCAAGAGACCAUAGAGGCUCUCAUACCCACUGUGUGCCUGAUCACAGACAUGGACCCAUUCUCUAUGGGACUCAAUUUACAUUUUUCUCAUACAGUGAAACUCCUGCCUUGUUCCUCGUUCCCGUCUCUGGGGUCUCAGAUCCACAUCAUGUCUGUCUGCCUGAUGUUCUGUUAUCAGUUUGUCAGUCCGUCUGCAACUCUUUAUGUAUGGAACUGUGUUCAUCUGGAACUGUGGAGGAAGGGCUCCGAAGAAAAGGACUUCUCAGCACUGAAUGAAAAUGAAAUAUUGGCAACUAGAAUACGCCAUUGAUUCACACUUAACUUAUCCUCCAAACUGGAAGUAGGCGAGUUGGAGACCAGAGUUGGAUGUGAAGCACUGUAGCUAUGUUUUCAGGGGGCCACACACCAGUUGACUGUUGUUACAGUAACUAUGUUUGUCCUCUUCAGCCAUUGGUUCUUUCCAUUCCAGGAUAUAAGUCAUUAUUAAUGUGAAUGCCCUCUGGUCCAUGGAACACAUCAUCAAUUUGACAAUCACAGUUGUUUCUAGAAGAGCUACGUGUGUCACGGUGGUCUCUCCCUCUUCUGUCCAGGCCAGUCAAGUGUCGACACAGAGUGACUUACCACAGCACUAUGUCGUGUCAUGUCAACCCUCACCUAACUGUCUCUGUGCAUUCAUACAGCACUGCCAUUUUAAAACGUGCAUUUUCAGAUGGUUAAAGUUUGUUGUAUGAAAGAAACAAGUGUAUUUAAACAGCUGAAUCUGGACUUUUGUCUCAGUACUUCUUGAAAAUAAAUUGUUUACUAAAUAAAGAACAAAACCAGUAAAGUAAGAAAGGAUGAAAACAGAGAAAUCCUCAGAUUCGCGAACGCUGUGCGUUUGUCAGACAUAUUUUUUAUUGUUUUGUGAACAUCGGUCAACUAGGCAUUAAAGCAACUUACUGUAUAAAUUAUGCAGAGUUAUUUUCAUAUGUGACACAGUUUUAAAAAGUCAAGAGAAUUAAUACGAGUUGACCUCGGUCAAAAAUGCAAUUUUUUAAAAGUCCGUUACUGAUAUGUAGUAUGUUCAACAUUUUUAAACGUUUUAUAUCUGUACAUUUGGGCAAUACAUUUUUACGUUUUUUUUUAUUUUAUUUUUUAAAUUUAGUGAACACAAGAUUUGUUAUAGUUAUAAUCAAAUACCACAAAUGCCUGCUUGAAUCAUAAUCCUAUACUUAUAGUCAAUCUGUUAUUCUGUAUAUACCAUGAUUAUGGUUGCUUUUAAUUCUAAAAUAGGCCAACAAACACGCAUGUCUCAUACCAUUAAGCCAACCGCCCAGAAAUUGGAAGCUUUUGUCUGUGCCUUUAAAAUGGCCAGGUAUAUUAUGGAAAUGAGUGCAGACACCCCUAAUAUUCACUGGAAACAUCUCUUGAAGCUCCAUUGGUUUAGUGGUUUGAACUAAAGGGAAUUUGUUAAAUUUAACAUGAAGGUAAUCAUCAAAAAAUGUACCCUUUUACGCCCACCUCUCAUAAAUAGUCAUGUUCAAUGAAGGGGAACUGUUACUUCAUAUAUGCAACGUAUUUUGGAUAUUAAAUAUAUAAAUAUGAUGUAAUUUUGCAAUUAACCAUUUUAUUAUUUUUGUAAUUCCUGCGAUGUAUUAAGUAAUACCUUUUGAAAUAGGAUUUUUUUGGGGGACAAAAUAAAAGUUUUUACUUCUGAACAGA